AUGUCGUCAACGGAACCAGUUGACAUCACGCCGAAGAAGGACGGUGGCGUCUUGAAGACCAUUAGAAAGGAGGGAAGUGGAACGGCUAAACCAACUUCGGGAACGUCGGUUAAGGUGCACUAUGUCGGGACCUUGGAAAAUGGAGAGCAGUUCGACUCAAGUCGUGACCGUGCUAACGCGUUUGAAUUUCUGUUAGGGCGAGAACAGGUUAUCAAAGGAUGGGAUCUUGGUGUUGCAACAAUGAAGAAGGGUGAAAUAGCCGACUUUAAAAUACGAUCGGACUAUGCAUAUGGAGAUAAAGGUAGUAUGCCGAAAAUUCCACCAAAUGCUACCCUGAACUUUGAGGUAGAGCUGAUUGACUGGCAAGCCGAAGACAUCUCACCAAAUCGCGAUGGUACAAUAAUGCGUUCGAUGAUUGUCGAGGGAGAAAAACACGCAAGUCCAAGUGAAACAAGCCCUGUCGAAGUGCAUGCUGUUGGUACGUAUGAGGGUAGAGUUUUCUAUGACAAGGAUAUCACAUUUGUUCUUGGAGAAGGAUCUGAGGUAGGGCUUCCUGAAGGAGUUGAUCGUGCACUACGUCGCUUCUGUCGUGGUGAAAAAUCUACCAUACGACUCUCAGGUAGCAGGUUUUCAUACGGACCAAAUCCUCCGCCUGAGUACGGUUUACCGCCAAAUGCUGUGAUUGAGUUCACCAUAUUCUUGAAAAGCUUUGAGAAGGUGCCUGCCACAUGGGAGAUGACGACAGAACAAAAACUUGAAGAGGCGACCCGUGCUAAAGAUCGUGGCACUCACUUCUUCAAGGAGAACAAGCUGAAGUUGGCAUAUAAUAAAUACAAAAGGAUUGAGGAUAUCUUAGAGUACGAAAAGAAUAUGGACCCAGAUCACAGCAAGGUUCGGAAUGACUUGUUGCUGGCAGCUUACCUCAAUCUCUCAUUGACUGCGUCAAAAAUGGGUGAGAACGUUGACUGCAUCAAAUAUUGUGACAAGGCACUUGAACUUUCGCCUGAUAAUGUGAAAGCUCUCUAUCGAAAAGCUGGAGCACGUACCGCUUUGUGUGAUCUUGAUGAAGCAAAAUCGAUAUACGAGACCAUUCUGAGAAUCGAUUCGGAGAACAAGGCGGCUGCUCAGCAACUACUAGUUGUUCGUCAGAUGAUGAAGGAGCAACUUGAACGUGACAAGAGGCGUUACAGGAAUCUGUUUUCGAAGAUCAAACAAAGCCCUUUUGAAGAGAAACCAGAACCGAUGGAGCAGGUUGUCGCAGAAUGA